AACUCUGCCAGCGGUUUAAUACUUUUAACUGGUGGUUCCAUUUUCAAGCUUAUUUUUAUCAUUAAACAUGGCUUUUUAAAAAAAUAAAAUAAAAAGUUUAGAUUUUCAGCUUUCUCUCGGGUUAUCAGAUCUUGGUUUGUUCUAAUCGACUGUCUUUGAAGCGUUGUUACGGUUGUGGCUACUGAUCUCGAGCUUUCAUGUUGGCUGGCUGUUCUAAUCAUGUGUCUCCUGUUCCGGUAGAGUUCCAGUUAGUUUUUCCGGCAACAAUUUCAAAAUCGGUGAAGUUAGGGAAGGUUCUGUUCUUCCGACACACGUCCACCUUCCGCAUGCGUUUGACGCAUCUCCAUGAGCUGUCGUGAUUGAGCUUCUUUCUUCCUUUGGGCUUGACGUUACUUGGCCUUGUGGGUGGCCCUAUAAGACUUGUAUGUUUGGCCCUGUUCUUUGGGUUUUCUCCUAAGCUUGUUGUAAUAUAUUGAAUUUUGGUCUUUUAAUAAAACGAGAUGAUAAAAAAAAAAAGAAAAACACAAACUUGACAAGAAAAUAAAAUAGAGAAAAAGAAAGAAAAAAAUAUGAGCGUUGUUGCAACGCGACGUUGAGGCGUAUCAUUCUCUGAAUAAAUACAAUACCAAAACCCUUUCCGGCUCUAAACUCCAAUACUUGCCUCUGCCUCAUCGUCUUCUCUCUCUAUCUCUAAUGGCGGCGCAGAUGGAUCCCGAUGCUGUGGCCAAGGCCUUCGUGGAACAUUACUACUCGACCUUCGACAAUACCCGUGUCGGUCUGGGGGGUCUCUACCAGGAAGCUUCCAUGCUCACCUUCGAAGGUCAGAAGAUCCAAGGAGUCCAGAGCAUCGUCGCCAAGCUCACCUCUCUCCCUUUCCAGCAGUGCAAACACAACAUCUCCACUGUCGAUUGUCAGCCUUCUGGUCCUGCCUCCGGUAUGCUCGUUUUCGUCUCCGGUAAUCUCCAGCUCGCCGGCGAGGAACACGCCCUCAAGUUCAGCCAGAUGUUUCAUUUGAUGCCGACGCCACAAGGAAGCUUUUACGUGUUCAACGAUAUAUUCAGAUUGAACUACGCCUGAAGAAGAAUCUCAGAUACUAUACACUAUUUUAAUAGAUGAUUUAUCUUGAGAACAGAGCAAGACUCUAUUUUUUGUAUUUGUAUUUGAAUGGGGUUUGUUCGCUUGUCAUUUACAUUCCAGUGACUUGAUAAGACAAAUUAAAAUUGUUUCCAAUAUGCUAUUUUCACCUCUA